GGCCCCUCCCUGACGCGGCCGCCGCCCACCCGCCGGCCCCGGGCUCCCGCACAUCUGGCGGUCCCCAGCACUUCUGGGCAGCCGGCGUGAAGCAUGAACGGCUCGCAGGCGGACGUCACAGCCCGGGCCGCCUGGCUGAGCUCCUGUUGCAACCAGUCGGGGGUGCUGCCGGAGCCCCCCGAGGGGCCGCGCGCCGUGCAGGCGGCGGUGCUGGGCGUGCUGUCGCUGCUCGUGCUCUGCGGGCUCCUGUUCCUGGGCGCCGGCCUCCUGCUCCGCGCCCAGGGUCUGACGGCGCUGCUGGCCCGAGAGCUGCGCGCGUCCCGGGAGGGAGAGCCCGGCGGCGCCAGCGGAGGCGAGGAUGACUCCUAAGGCGCGCCCGGCUGCGCUCGGGGGUCGCGGCCUCCCGGCGGCCCGCGGACUCCACGCUCGACUUCGAGGGAGCGGCCCCCAGCGCCAGACGGCUGCAGCGGGAAGCCCUCCGGCGAUGCUGGCGCGCGCGCGCGCACACAGGUGAGAGCCCGCCCAGAUGAGAGCCGCAGCGCCUCGGGACUGGGGGCGCAGGGGCUGGAAACCGUCGUAUUGACCGGGCUCGCUGCGCUCAGCCACAGACCCAGCUUUUCAGAGACUCCCGUUCCAGC